GGCAUCUACAGCCGAUGCCAGCAGUCCCUUGAAAGUCGCGCGUCUGACACGGAACCCCGGCUCGUGCCGUUUUAUUUAUCAGUCACGGUCAGUGCAGCGUGCUUUUACGCGUGCACCGUGCUUCAUUACGUGUAACUCUCCAGCAAAGUUAGAUUCCUUGCCUGAGUGCUCCUCGUUUGUGUGAUUUGAGGCACCUCAAAACUCGCUGUGGUUGUGAAACCACUCGGUUGCUGACCCCACCAUUAUCGUAGAUCGCUCCUCUUCUAUCGAUCGUCGGAAGCCGAUCGGUAAUUGCGCGCAAUCAACCCGUCGAUGGAUGCAACCGAUUCCGCGCAUGCGCGGAUGGCGGAAGAUGCGGGGGAGCCAAAAGGAGCGGGGCGCGGCGGCAGUGGGGUUGUGGAGGCCGCCGCUGAGACACACGUGCGCUCUGGGAGCAGUGAUGGGGUCGAAGGCGGUAGGAUGGAGGGCGGUAGGAUGGAGGGUGAAGAGAACAGGGAGGGGGCUGAGGAGCUGGGAGAUGCGUCCCCUUCCCCUUCCUCCCCUGACUCGCGCUCGUCCCCGUCCCCGCCCUCGUCGCCUCCCCCGUGGUACGACGCGGAGGUGGACGACCGGGACGAGCGGUGGAUGGCGCGGGAGAGGCGGAAGCGCGGGGGAAGGAGCUCCGACGCUAUUCUUAGCUGCCCUGGCUGCCUCUCGUCCGUCUGCUUCGACUGCCAGCGGCACGAGCGCUUCAUCACUCAGUACCGAGCAGUCUUCGCAGUCAACUGCCAAGUGAACACAUCUCAGGAACUGCGCACGCCGUCAGGCAAAGACGGAGGCAGCAAGAAGAGGAAGGGCGGGGGGGGGAAGAACGGAGGGGGAAAGGAGCAGCAGAGAACUGGUGGGGGGGUGGUGAGGAGGGUGGGAUGGGUGGGGAGGGGAGUGAGGGAGGGGAGGAGGAGGUGGUGCAUCCAGUGAUGUGCGAGACGUGUGGGACGGAAGUUGGGGUGUUUGAUGCGGAUCAGCGAGUGUAUCACUUCUUCCAUGUGCUGCCAACCAAUUGCUGAAAGUGCUGCAGGGUGUAGCACAUUGUGGGUAGCUGUCUCAGAGUAACGAAUUGACUAGAAUGGGAGGUACAGGGUGAGUUUGUAUACUAGUGUGUUGUACCCAGGCCUCAGUAUAUCAAGGUGAAAUACCCUUACGACCCUUACUAUAAGGGUGGGGUAGGUGUUGGAUGUCAACUUAUACAUAUGUUGCAUGUAGAAGUUAUAGGCCAGUCUAGGUGUGUGCUUCUAGUGAGUACAACCCCAGCAGGUAUAUGUUCUAGGUUUCUCACCAGGGCCUAAGAUUCAUUUU